AUGACUGAUGAUGAAAAGAGGGAGAUAUUGAAAGAAUUUGAUCCUUUCAGCCAAUUGGAACAGGCAAAUGGCAACCCAGAUAAAGAUGUGAAGUUUAAAAAGGAUGAUCCUAAUAGGGCAGCGGCAGAAGAAACUAAUAGGGACAUAUCCGCGCAGGACAAAGGAGAUGAGGAGCCAUUUUAUGACUUUCAAAUAUUCAUUAAGCAGCUUCAGACUCCUGGUGCAGAUCCUCUGGUUAAAUAUACGAAAUCAUUCUUACGUAACUUCUUGGCGCAAAGACUUCUAUGGACGGUCAGCGAAGAAAUAAAACUCAUCAGUGACUUUAAGACCUUCAUUUACGAUAAAUUCACUCUUUACGAGCCUUUCCGAAGUCUUGACAAUUCCAAGAUGAGAAAUGCCAAGGAAGGUAUGGAAAAGUUAAUAAUGGGGAAACUAUAUUCUCGCUGUUUUUCACCAAGUCUUUAUGAAAUUCUGCAGAAACCAUUAGACGAUGAGCAUAUGAAAGAUUUAACCAACGAUGACACAUUACUAGAAAAGAUUAGGCAUUAUAGAUUCAUAAGCCCCAUUAUGUUAGAUAUUCCUGAUACUAUGCCGAAUGCCAGGCUGAAUAAGUUUGUCCAUUUGGCCAGUAAAGAGUUGGGCAAAAUAAAUAGGUUUAAGUCACCAAGGGACAAGAUGGUUUGCGUUUUGAAUGCAAGCAAGGUUAUAUUUGGUUUACUAAAACAUACCAAGUUGGAACAAAAUGGCGCUGACAGCUUUAUACCUGUGCUAAUAUACUGUAUUUUGAAAGGACAAGUACGAUAUCUAGUUUCGAAUGUGAACUACAUCGAAAGAUUCAGAUCACCAGACUUCAUUCGGGGCGAAGAGGAAUAUUACUUGAGCAGUCUUCAGGCUGCUCUUAACUUCAUUAUGAACUUGACUGAACGUUCUUUAACUAUCGAAGAUCACGAAGAUUUUGAAGAGGCAUACCAAAGAAAUUUUAAACAACUAGCAGAAGAAAAAGAGGAAGAAGAGAAGAAAAAACAACUAGAGAUUCCGGAUGAGUUACAGCCAAACGGCACUUUACUGAAACCCUUAGACGAAGUUACCAAUAUUGUAAUUUCUAAAUUCAAUGAACUGUUUUCUCCAAUUGGAGAGCCCACACAAGAAGAGGCAUUGAAAUCUGAACAGAGCAAUAAAGAAGAAGACGUUUCUUCGUUAAUUAAGAAAAUUGAAGAGAACGAACGAAAGGACACGUUGAACACAUUACAGAAUAUGUUUCCAGAUAUGGACCCAAGCCUGAUAGAGGAUGUUUGUAUUGCUAAAAAAUCGCGUAUUGGGCCCUGUGUUGAUGCUCUACUUUCUCUGUCAGAAUAA